GCGACGUCUCUCCGUCUGUCGCUAGUGAGCUACUCGAUACACCGCCGAGAUGGCAGGAGGUGUGCGGAGGAAAGCUCCCGGUUCCCCGUCCCCACUGUGGGGGAAACUCCAGACACUGUGGCAGGACAAACAUUUGGUCUUGUUCAAGACGGAAUACACUCUACUGGUCGUUUCAGUUUUGUGGUUCCUAGAGAUCGGUAUCAAUGUGUGGGUCAUACAGAAAGUAGCAUACACAGAGAUAGACUGGAAAGCCUACAUGGAUGAGGUGGAGGGAGUCAUCAAUGGUACCUAUGACUACACUGAGCUUAAAGGAGACACUGGCCCCUUGGUGUACCCGGCUGGCUUUGUGUACAUCUUUACGGUUCUCUACUACAUCACCAGCCAUGGGGUGAACAUCCGCCUUGCGCAGUACCUUUUUGCUGCUUUCUACCUCAUCACGCUGCUGCUGGUCUUCAGGAUCUACCACCGCACUAAGAAGGUUCCUCCCUAUGUGUUCUUCUUUGUGUGCUGUGCUUCUUAUCGGAUUCACUCCAUCUUUGUGCUGCGUCUCUUUAAUGAUCCUGUGGCCAUGAUGCUGCUGUUUGGAGCUGUCAACCUCUUCAUGGAUGGAAACUGGACUCUGGGCUGCGGCCUUUACAGUUUAGCAGUGUCUGUGAAAAUGAAUGUGCUCCUUUUUGCUCCCGGAUUACUUUUCCUCCUCGUAUCCGAGUUUGGUCUAAUCAGAACAAUUCCCAAACUUUCUCUAUGUGCAGGCAUACAGCUUUUGCUGGGUCUGCCUUUCCUCCUGGAGAAUCCUGUGGGUUAUUUAAGCCGGGCGUUUGAUCUUGGCCGUCAGUUUAUGUUCAAAUGGACGGUCAACUGGCGCUUCCUGCCAGAAUUGCUCUUCUUGAAUCGGUACUUCCACUUACUCCUGCUGGCUUCCCACCUGCUCGCCCUGCUGCUCUUUGCUCUCCGUCGUUGGAAGAGGUCAGGAGAAAGCAUCUUUGAACUCCUCAAAGAUCCCAGCAAGAGGAAAACCCCUGCUCAGAAAACCACUGUUGAUCAGAUGGUGCUGAUUCUGUUCACAUCUAACUUCAUUGGCAUGUGCUUCAGCCGUUCGUUGCACUACCAGUUUUACGUCUGGUACUUCCACACGCUGCCCUUCCUACUCUGGAGUGGAGGAGUCAAGAAGCUGGCCCACCUGCUCAGGGUACUGAUCCUGGGUCUGAUUGAGCUUUCAUGGAACACCUACCCCUCUACUAACGGCAGCUCUGCUGCCCUUCACGUCUGUCACCUCAUCAUCCUCCUGUGUCUGUGGCUGGCUCCGCCGCUUCCCUCAGCCCCGGCAGAAACAGAAGAACCAACACCCGUCAAGGACAAACGCCAGUGAGCUGCCAGCUGAUCGGACCGGAUAUCGUACGUGGUCUAAUCAGCUCCACUCCUCUCUUCGGUCCCCACAACACCAGUGCGAAGGGAGGUCACUGUGACAGACUGUUUUUAUAAGUGAAUACAAGGAGCCAUUUAAAGCCUCUGGUCUCAGCUCACUGCUAAAGUUGAAGCUAAAGUGUGGCUGCAAACAGACACCUACAUGAUGAAGUAGUCCCUUGCUGUUGAAGAGAUGAAAAGAAAAAGAAAUGAUGGAUCUCAGGUUUAAUUUUCAGACACAUUUUGGGAAUAGUGGAGUAGAAUGUGAGGAGCAAAUUUUGAACGUUUUGUUGUUUUGAGAGAAUUUGUUACAUAGGCUUUGUUUCUACAAAUGAUGUUAAAACUACACUCUGCCCAAUCUUUUAUCUGGCUUAAUAAUUUCCCUUGCUUGAUAUUCUGUAAUUCUAUCAAACAUCUGUUUACUGGUUUACUUAAGCUCUUGUACAUUGUAUAAGACUGCAGUAGCUUAAUAUAUCAGCUGUGUAUCAUUUAUAUAAAAUGUAUAUGAUACAGAACUUGAAUAUGGCAACAAAAGCUUUAAUUUAAUUUAAUACCAGGCAGUAGUUUGUUUUAGUAUUCUCCACCCCAAGGCCAAAUUUAGUUUUUCAGUAGAUAUAUAAGCAUUAAGACAAUCAUGGCUCUUUGUGUGUCAGAUUCAUCUUCUGUUGUAAUGGUGCGCUGCUGCACUCAAAAGCACAUCAGUAGAUUUAAUGUGAAAAAUUACAGUAGACUGAGCAUAAGUGUGACAUUUUAUAUUAAACGGAGAUGCCACUUAACAUUGUAGUUUUUUCUUUUAAUGUAUGUUACAACAUGACAACAAAUGGCUUAAUUUAAUCAAUGAAUGCUUUCAUUAAUUAGAUUAGGUUUUAAUAAGUUUAUCAAAUACUUAUCCUUGUAAUCAAAAUAAACACUGACUGACUGCGA